AUGGAUCCUCCACUCGGCAGAAAUACCUUUACGAACGAUCGUUUCAGCCUACCACCGAUCUCAACUAUAGACGAUAGCCUUCCUAGUCGAUCAUGGCCACCUCCAGCAACAACUCUUCAUCAAGUUCCUUUUUCUUCACCACCGAACCAUCCCGAAAAUUGGUCUCCUUCAUCAACCCACAGUGAAACUAGAGACUACUUUUUUAAUAGACCUGUUGACCACCAUCACCGACAACGCUCUCUCCCUCAAUUUCCUACAAUGUAUGCCUCUAAUAGUCCUCAAGAACUUCCUUCCCCAGUCGCAUCUCGAAGUGUAGAGAACGAUAUUGACGAUGUCAUUCGACAUUGUAGUGCCCUUGGGGAGAAUAUGGUCCGUCGUAAAUCUCGACUAUCAGACCCAUAUUACCUAAGCGACCUUGAACACACAAGACCUUGGUUGGAUGAUAUGAUCAGUCGUGCAAACCAGGUGCUGAAUGCCCUCUUACGACUAAGAAAGCACCAAAUGGCGGCAGAAUAUGUUCGGGCCCAUGGUAUUGAUUCUCGACGUCGAGCUGGGACCAGUCAAGCUAUGGAAAUUGGCGGUCCUUCUGAACGUGCUGGUGCCUUGUUGCCUUUGGGAAAUGGACCAAUGUCACUACAUUCUAUUCGUCAAAGAAAACGUGGGAAACGAGCAACCUUUCAAGGACGAUGCCAUUCAUGCAAUAUUUCAGAGACUCCAGAGUGGAGACGUGGUCCCGAUGGUGCACGUACAUUAUGCAAUGCAUGUGGACUACAUUACGCCAAGAUCACUCGUAAAAGGACAGAUAGUGCUACAGCUGCGGCUGGUACAAUGUCUGUGGAAGACGACCGAGAAUCUUCAAAGAAUCACAACAACAAUAAUGACGAUGAUGAUGAAGAAGAUGAGUCAUGCAACACAAGAUUAACCAACAGAAACACGUUUUCCGAAUCACUGAGUGAUCGAGACUCACCACUAUUAUCAGAUGGAUAUGCUAUGAACGAAGACGAUACAUCUUAA